AGAGACAGAGCGAGAGAGGGAGGGUAUAUUGACUCCAGGCAGCUGUGGGUUCCAUUCAGUGUGUAAGAGACAAGAGGACGGUAAGAAAGACGCUAUGGAACACAGGAACAGAUGAAGCCUCUCACUGGCCUUUCCUGUGUAUUGGUCUAGAUGAGUGUAUCCAGGUUUCCUCCCAGUCCCUCUCCCUUCCCCACAAGUGGAAGUCGUUCCCCUCACCUCUCCCUGCCUCCGUCCUCAUCCUCUCCUUCCUCAUCUCCUCCGUCAGCCGGAGGCCCCCCAAGCCCAGCGGCGCCCCCUCCUGCUUCCCCGGUGAAGAUCUCCAUGCAGGAGCACUUUGCAAUUAAUGUGUGCCCGGGGCCGAUCUUGCCCAUCCCGCAGAUCUCGGACUUCUUCCCACGAUUCCAUGCUUUCCCGAUCAGCCCUCCAAUGCCACCACGGGACAAACAGGCCACUGGGAACAGAGAACAGGAACAAGAGCAGGACAGAGACAGAGAGGACAGGGAAAGAGAGGACAGAGAGGAAAAGGAGAUGCUUGAUUCUGAUGAUGAUGACACAUAUCUGGGUACCCUGGAGUUUAACCUACUCUUUGACCAGGAGAACAACUGCCUUCACUGCACUAUCCAUAAAGCCAAGGGACUGAAGGCUAUGGACUCCAAUGGUCUUGCUGAUCCUUAUGUGAAGCUCCACCUGCUGCCUGGAGCUAGCAAGGCAAAUAAAUUGCGCACUAAAACCUUGAAGAAUACUUUGAACCCAGUGUGGAAUGAGACGUUGGUCUACCAUGGCAUCACCGCUGCUGACAUGACCACCAAAACCCUCAGGCUGUGUGUGUGUGACAUGGACCGUUUGGGCCGUAAUGAGUUUAUAGGGGAAGUACGGGUGGCCCUGAAGAAGCUCAAAGAGGGAGAAAGCAAACGAUACAACAUGGGUUUAGAAAGAAUUGCACAGACUCGAGAGGGCAAUACCCAGAUGGUGGAUCAGAGUUCACAGCUAGCAGAGGAGGAGCGUGGCCGUAUCCUGGUGUCACUGUGUUAUGUGGCAGAGAAGUCUUGUCUGGUUGUCGGCAUUAUCCGCUGUGCACACCUCGCUGCCAUGGACUCCAACGGCUACUCUGAUCCCUUCGUCAAGAUGUGGAGUAGAGUUGGGCAUCAAUGCAAAAGGAGAACGACUGAAGCACUGGUUCGAGUGUCUGAAAUACAAAGGAAAGAAAGUGGAAUACUGGCACACACUGACACAGCAGGGGGCGCCAAACAGCGACUGACCUGCACCAGCAUGCGCGCGGACACACACACUUACACACACACACACACACACGUACACACACACCCACACACAUGCACGCACACACACGUACACACAGAGAAAUUUGCCAGAACUAAAAAGUAAUAAUGAGAAGAUGCAAUAAACACAAUAUUCUGUUGAAGAUGAUGAAGUGUGAGGAUGAUGACAUAAUGCUUGCUACAUCUUUAAACAUUUUUAAACAUUAUUUUACAAAAUCUCAACCUGUAGUGAUGUGAUAUUGAACACACACAGACUGGGUGAUCAGAGAAAUAUCAGGCUGCUGUCACACACACAUUUCUGAUCUCCCUCUAUGAGACUGUUGUGUUGUGAUCAGGGUAUCAGUUCUAGAUGGUUAUGACAUCUUUGUUCACAUCUAAUAAGCAUUCAUAAACCAGACUGCUGGCGUCCAGUAGUUGUUUCAGUUGUCAGGUUUGGAAGAAAUAUUUGCACGCUGUCAGUCAAAGCACAAAACACUGGACUGACUGGAAAAAUCUGUGUGUGUGUGUGUGUGUGUGUGUGUGUGUGUGUGUGUGUGUGUGUGUGUGUGUGUGUGUGUGUGUGUGCGCGUGCAUAAGUGUGUCUGUUUUGAGGAGUGUUUUCCCCACAUGAUUACAUCUUUCAGCAGGUCAGGUAAAGAGAGAUGCCACACACACACACACACACACACACACAUACAAACAUUGACACAUGUAAAUGUGUGUUUGUCUAUGCUUG